CUUAACGUCUGAGCCAUGCACUGCCGUGACUUGCCUAGUGAUCAGACCAUCUUUGCCGUCGAGUUUCUUUCCUGAUGCUUUACACUUUCGCUAUAUAAAAGAGUUCGGUGCUGAAAAAAACAGCACCGUAUAGACCGUAAUCUCCGAGAUGCUGUUAUUGGUCUUUUUCUUCGUCACCCUCUCGCAAGCGGAUUAACACUGAUAUUAAAAUCGCCGGUAUUACAUCAUCGCGUUUCCUUUCUGAGGACCAGUCUCUCAUAUCUAACAGUAAGAUCAUGGCAUCGAAGGAGUGAAGAGCGUAAAGUGAUGGAGUAAACGCUGGCUGUGCUUUUGUCACAAGUUGGGAUUUUACUGUAAUGUAGAUUGGACAGCGUGGGCGUUCGUCAACCGAAAAACCGAGACCGUUUGCUAUUGGACUCUGCUGAGGUCUUUUAUGUGAACGAGCAAUUAACAGAAGAUGAAAUGGCAGAGGCAAGUUUAGCAGAACGCAGAGACGAGGGACUCGCUGCGGCUUUUCCUUAUGAGGAAUAUGAGUGCAAAAUAUGUUACAAUUACUACGACUUGGACCGUCGCGCACCUAAAAUCCUGGAAUGCUUGCAUACAUUCUGCGAGGAGUGCCUGAAUACUCUUCAUCUCCGGGAGGAUCGACCAUGGCGCAUCAGCUGUCCGUUAUGUCGUCAUCGGACACCAAUACCGGAAUACCGGAUACUAAACCUCCCCAACAACACGAAAGUUACGGAUGCUUUCCCUUUCUAUAUAGAAUCGGACCCACUGCCACAGGACAGCUUGCCUCCCUACCCUCCGCCGCUUCAUCCGGCUCUGACUGGCCACCGGCGCGAAGAGGCGACCGGAGCUGCUAGCGGAGCGUCUCAGAGUGAAACAGCUCCAUCGGUAACUCUGACCACAGCUACUACGGCUUCCUACGACUCAGCUCCCUACGAGAGCUGUCAGAACUGCAAGCGAGUAGCCCUAACUACGGGGUGCGUUUGCGUGAUCUUUGCCUUCCUGUCAAUGCUCGUCCUUCUUUUCAUGGGCCUUAUAUUCGUGCACAAUUACAAUAACCCGCCCUCGCCAUUGGGCCCCGUCUGUCUUUCAGUGGCCAGUAUAUUGGCCAUGUUUUCCGUGAUUGUCACGUGGUUGAUCUGCUGGUUGAAAUAUCGAACUGGACCAGACACCGGGCGCUCCACCGCAACUACCACCAACAGGAGAAACACCUGAUGGCACUCCUUUUCUGUACUUGUUCAUGUGUAAUAUCUGUGAUGUGAAUUCAUCCAUUUUGCGGCUUCAUAAUGUACGCUAUUCAGUAAUUGCACCUAAUUCAUAAAAAAAGUAUUUGAACCUAGCCUACUUCCAACAUCUGAAACUCUGGCUUAUAAACAAAAUAUUUUUCCCAUUAGCCAGGAUAUGAAUUCAUAUAGUUUUUUGAAUUGCACUCUGUAGUUGACUAGAAUAUAUGAUAUGCUUUGUGAUGGCUUUUGUUAUUCUUUCAUGUUCUCUCCCAUUUCCAGUAACCAAGGAAACAAGAAAAUAUAUGCAUAAUCUAUCAUUGUACUUGUGUUGUUAUACAGUGGUACUGAGACCUGUGAGUAUUAGUGUUUAGACAGCAAGUCCGUUAUUAUUUUUUUUAAGUGGACAAUCAUAUAACACCUUAAAAUGACAGGGAGUUUCUAAACAUAUAAGGCUUACGUUGGAAAACUGAUGUUAAUGCGUUCAUUUACAGAACACAAAGCAUAAUUUAACACAUGGAGUUAACUUAUUUCUAUAUGUACAAGGUGUGGGUGACCCUGUAAAGAGAGCAUGAUUCAUGCAGGUAAUAAUAAUAUUUUAGAGAAUAAUGAUCAAUACGAUUGUAAAUAAACCUGGUAAUUUUUGAAACCUUUUAUAUUGCAGUACCUUUACAAAGUGAUUUCAACACACUGGAUAUUUUAACCAUUGCACAACAUUAAACAAUACUACAUUACAUUGAAGACAAAUAUUGAAGUUCAAAGUAAAAUAAUAAUAAUAAUUUACAAUUCAGGUGAUUUAACAGGUAGUGAAAAAAUGGAAAUGCUAACUUGGUCUCCCAAUUGGAUGAAACUAAUGGCAAACUUAACCGUGUUUGUUUGCCUUUUGAUUUGCACUUGAAAUGAAUGCACUGAUCGGAGAGCUUGCAUCUGUGGCCAUUUUCUGCUGAUGAUGUAUUUCCCUCGGAGUUCCAGGAUGAUGUCAUCUUAGACACCGUUGCUCAUAACACAUCAGCAAACUGAACUUCCUCCUACAAUGUUAUACAGCCAUAUUAGCUUUAAUUAUAGAUGACCAGGCCUUUCUAACAUUUUAUGCACACUGAAUUAAUGGAUGUGGGUAUAUAUAAGUGUGUGAUAGCCUCCGUUUUGUGUGUCCUUGGGUUUAGUUUAGCCAGAUGACUCUGGUUUUUGUUCGCUACUUGUAGUUCAACUGUAACCAGACACUGAAGUGCCUUGGGCUACACUGGCAGCUACAUUAUUUUUUUUCCAGUAAGAGCAUGACAAAUAUUCCACCUUUAAAACUUACUCAAUAAAGACAUUUCAGACCUAG